AUUUAAAGUUAAGCUGUACCACUUCAUUUUCAACUCAAACUAAAUCAGUUUGUCAACAUCAUGAGUGAAUUGAAAGAGGUUUGGAACUUUAAAUCCCAUGAAGGAUACCAGAAAGCUUAUCAACAUCACAGUCGAUUUUUGAAGAAUACUCAUGAAUUUUCUAUUUAUCUUCCUCCUAAAGCUGUGAAAGGUGAACGAUGUCCUGUUGUCUACUGGCUUACUGGAGCUGCUUCAGAUGACCGAGAAUUCAUGUUGAAAUCGGGUUUCCAAAAGUAUGCCUCUGAAAAUGAAAUUAUUGUUGUCGCUCCAGAACCCAGACCUUUACCAUUGAAUGAUAUGGCAAAGGAAAUAUCGUCCAAAUAUUUUGUCCAAUUUGGCUUCUAUUUGGAUGCAACUGAGCCACCUUAUGAUGAACAGUUUAAAAUGUAUUCCUAUGUGAUGGAUGAGCUGAUGCCUCUAGUUGAAUUCAAGUUUCCCGUUUUACAAGACAAACGUGGCAUUGCUGGUCACAGUAUGGGUGGGAUGGGAGCAUUGAAUUUGGGUCUACGACAUCAUGAUUUGUUCCAGUCGAUCUCGGUUUUCUCAGCUGUUUGUAAUCCCAGUAAAUGUACCAUUGGCCAAGAAUUGAUGAAGUAUUAUUUUGGUGAAGGUGCUGAAGAAGCUACUAAAUUAUACGAUCCUUGUGUUUUGGCUGCCAACUAUACAGGACCACAUAGACACAUCCUUUUUGAUCAUGGCGGCAAAGAUGAACUUGAUUUCCUUGUUUUGGCUCCUAAUUUUUUGAAAAGCGCCAUGUAUAAAAAUUUAUCUGUUACUUAUCGUCUUAGGUCUGAUUAUACUCAUGGAAUCGAGAUAAUUUCAUCCUACAUUGAGGAUCACAUUAUUCAUCACAGGAAAGAGUUGAAUUGGAAUCCUUGAUUAUAACUUUGUUUAGACUCUGUUAACAACUCCUGAACUUAUUAUAUUUUAAAUACUUUCACAAUCCUAGUUGAUUAUCAACUUUUUAAAGUAACUGAUUAGACAAAAUGAUAUAAAUCACUUCAAAACAAUCAAACAUUAUUAGCAUCACGAUUGACAUAAUUUAUCUCUUCGAUUCAAUUUUCAACAAAAUGAUUAAGAAAUCAGGAAAUUUUUUUACUGUAAGACUUACAGUGUAAGCAACAGAGCAUCGAGAAAAUUCGGUGGGUUCAUCAAGUGGGUGGAAGGUUGAAAUAAUGAUUGAAACAGUUGGCGGACUCGUCAAAUCAUUGGUACAUUGAAGUAACGGGAGAUUGUAUGAGGAGCUGUCAGUCGACUUAUUUCAGACCAAGCGGAGACUGCUAACUCGGUUAACCUGAACUUGAACAAGCUCUCAUAUCUGAUUGAUCAAAAUAUCAAAAUGAUCAAAAUGUAUACCAGAAUCUAUACACUAAUUACAAUCUUAAAAAUUCGCAUAGACAUUACAUGUUAAGCAUUUUGUAAAAGGUUUUUAAGUUUUUCAGUUUUUAAUAAACAGCAAAUAGAGCUCAUCAAAA